AUGUCACCGUUUGCCAAGUUCAGGCAGCUAGAUCGUCAAAACAGUCUACCUAGUUCGCCAAGCUCGCCGAGGACACCCGGAACUCCAGGAAGCAAAGCAUUUUCAUUCAAGUUUACUGAUCCUAAGGUCCAGCAUAAUGUCGUGCAGAUUAAGGAACGAAUGCUUGCAUGGUGUCGAGCAAAAACUAAGGAGUACGAGAAUGUCCAAAUCGAAAAUUUCUCAACGAGUUGGAACAACGGAUUGGCCUUUUGCGCCCUUCUACAUCACUUUCGGCCAGAGGCCUUCGACUACAACGCCUUGAACCCCAGGAAUAGAAGAGCCAACUUCGAAUUGGCAUUUACCAAAGCUGAAGAAAUCGCUGACAUCACGCCAUUGCUCGACGUUGAUGACAUGGUAAUGAUGCAGCGACCAGACUGGAAAUGUGUCUUCACAUACGUUCAAUCGAUAUAUCGUCGUUUCAAAGACGAAGAUUAG